GUCUGAUACCUGAUCACGUGACACAUUGGUGGAGUACCCUUAAGCUGUGACCGCUCACACCUGUCUCCUCACCCCCAUCACCAUCACAUCGCCUACUACCCAAUCGUUAAUCAACACCAAGCAUGUCGGAACAAGCUGGCGAGGCUGUACCUGCAGCUCAGAAGAGCAGCUGGACGAGCUUUUUGAAGUCUCUGGCUGGCUUCACGGGCGAUCUGUCGGCUAUGACUGCUCCUCCGUUUAUAUUAUCCCCUACGUCCCUUACUGAGUUCCCAGCGUACUGGUGUGAGCGACCCGAGUUGUUCGCUGCGAUUGCAGAUGGAAAGACAGAACAAGCCAGAGCGUUGGCUGUGUUAAAAUGGUUCAUCAGUACGCUCAAAGGGCAAUACACAUCCCGGAACGAAUCAAUGGGAUCUGAGAAGAAGCCGUUGAAUCCUGUUCUUGGAGAACUCUUUUAUGGGUAUUGGCCAGCGAAUGCAGCUCGCGGGGGCAAAACUACCCUAGUCGUAGAACAAGUCUCCCACCACCCACCGAUCACAGCUUAUCGUAUAGAGAAUCUCCAAAAAGGUGUGAUUUUGACUGGACACAGUGCCCAAAAGACGAGUUUCAGCGGAGGAAGCAUCAUCGUGAAGCAAGUUGGCCACGCAGUUCUGACUGUAUCCCUUCCGUCUGGUGAGACCGAGGAAUACCUGAUCACACUUCCUCGACUCCGUAUUGACGGGCUGUGGUACGGAUCCCCAUACAUCGAGCUUGCAGAAACGAAUUACAUUCAAAGCUCUACCGGGUGGCUUUCUACGAUCGAAUACAAAGGCAAAGGCUAUUUCUCUGGCAAAUCACACACGUUCAAAGCAACGCUCACACCGCCUUCACACAUCCACACAUCCCCCCACAUCGUUGAAGGGACGUGGCAUACGACGUCUAAAGAGUUGCAUAGCGGUGCUACGUUCCACGAUGUCACCUCGCCAAAGGAGGAGAUUACAGUCGCACCUGUUGAGGAGCAGGGGGAGUGGGAAAGCAGGAAGUUAUGGCAUGGUGUUGCGAAAGGUAUCAGGGAGGGUGAUUUUGAGAGUGCUGCAACGUGUAAGGGGAAGAUUGAGAACGAGCAAAGGCAGAGAAGACGGGACGAAUCUGCUGGCGGUACGGCGUGGGAGUUGAAGCAUUUUAAACAUGUAGAAUAUGAUACUGUCUACGAACGUCUAGGCAAGCUGUUCAAAGCGAACCCCUCAACAGAGGAUGGAUAUAUUUACCUCGGCAAUGGUCCACACUCUGAGUCUUAGUCUUAGAUGCUGGGAAAGUAUACCUCUAGACGUGCAGACAACCACUGUCAGCCUAUAGAGUAUUGUUUGUACCGUCGGAUAAUCUGGACGUCUGUGGGUGAAUCAACGCUCCUGAUCUGAUACAUUCUCCUACUUUCUUCUUUAAGUUCUUAGUUAUCACGGACAUGGACUUGAUCAAUUAAUUCACACCUUUACUUGGUGUUCGUUGUGUGAGCGUUAACUUAUAAGGCAAUAUUAGACGAUAUCGUAUUGCAGAUACGAACUUGUCUAAUUCCCAUUUUCACACAAUCGUUGGUUCAGCGCGUACGAUAUAUAUAGGAAGGAACGCAUAGAUCACAUAUGGCGAGUUCGUACUGGAUCAAAGAAUGUGAGACUGGAAACACG